CAACAAAAUUUUCUCAGCCGCCGACAGCUAGACGCGCGUCUUUUUUUAUCAAGUGAUUUAUGCUGAAUUUACGGCGUUUCAACAGCCCCAUAAAGUGAAAAGCUGCAAAUAAAUCGCCUCAGAACACGUUUUUUCGACCGCAAUUCAUACACCAUGGAUCGCCGCCUGAGACGCCCGCGUCGCACGGAAGACGUGUCCAGCGGUCCACUCCUGGCCCAGUCCAAGCAGCCCAGCCUCCUGCCUGUGACCCGACGAACGGGCUCCCUGACAGCUGCCGCUGCCACCUCCACCGCCGGUCCCGCCACCCGGACACGUGCCUCCCCGUCACGCAACAAGGUCGUCGCACCGCCCUCGCCCGAUCUCGGCCCGCGCACCCGUCGCUCCAGCCGGCCGAGGUCGUCGGUGGGUCCGCUGACCGGACCGGGAUCUGGUUCCUCGCUGCCCAUCAAGGCCGCCAUCAAGGCACGCACGCCCAUCCCAGAGGUUUCCGAGGUACCAUCGCCCAUUCGUCUGUCAACCAGCAAUCUGCCCAUGACAUUGACCACCAACACAUCCAGCGGCGCCCCGAACAAAGCAUUUAACACAAGCUCCGUGAACAGCGGCAACAGCUUCAGCCGUACAACUACCAGCAGCACCACCACAACCACGGAGCGCAUCGAGAUCCGUGCCGAGGGAGACGGCGAGGUGGACACGGAUUCCAUUCGCAAGCGCAUAACCGACCGACUGCGCCGAUCGGUGUCCAAGACAAUCUCGAAUCUAGCUGGAACACCAGUGACAAACACCGAAGAGGGCAGUCGUUAUAGUAGGAGUGUGUCCCGAUCUAUCUACGACGAUGAGAAGUCGUCCAAGCGUAGUUACUCUACGGGUGAGGAGGAUAUUGAUGAGGAGGAUGAACUGGAGGAGGAUCAGUUCCGUAGUUUCAAUGUAACCCGUAAAUCGGCCACACCGGCGGAAAUAUCCUGCCGUCAGUUGAAGGCUCCUAGAGAAUUUGGCGGUUGGCUAGGCGCCUUCCUGCUCCUGCUACUUCUGCCCACCGCCGUCUACUAUUUGACAUGGAGCUGCACGGCCAGGAACGCCUGUCAGUUUAAGCACCCCAAUCUGGGUAUACUGCUGGAUGUGAGCUACUUAACGCGCCAGGUGUUCCAGCCACGCGUGGUGGGUGCCUUUGCCGCCUAUCAGGUGGUGGUAUUCCUACUGGUGGCACUGCUGCCAGGACGAAGGGUUCAUCUCACCCGCGAGACCUACAAGUUUAACUGUCUAGCAGUUUCGCUUACGCUUUUGAUUGCCGGCGGAAUUGCCGAGCAUCUGAAGUAUCCAGUGGUCACCUUCGUUCUGCGUCACUAUCUUCGUUUCUGCAUCUUUGGACUCGUUGGCGCCUUUGUGGCAGCUGCUUGGAGCUACUGGCUGGUGGACACCGCCAAGUACAAUGUGCUGCGCCAAACGCUGACCAAUGAUUAUGGCAGGACUGGCAGCUUUGUGGUGGACUUCGCGCUGGGCAGACAGCUCAAUCCCAAGUGGCUGGGACGCGUGGACUGGAAGCAGUUCCAGUACCGUCUCUCCCUGGUGACCACUUUGAUCUAUGCCAGCUGCUACAUCUACCAGACGCUCGUGUGGCCCCAGAAGCCGCAGCUGGGGGAACACGAGGGCUAUCUCUACCAGGCCAAAUACUACUGGAACAAUGUAAACUAUGAUCCUGCCACCCUGUUCUCGGCCAGCUGCUUGCUGUUCUACGUACUGGACUCCAUCAUUUUCGAGCACCACUUGAGCUCAUCCUUUGAGCUGCAACACGAAGGCUACGGCUGCUUGCUGCUCCUGCGCUACGCAGCCACUCCGUAUCUGCUGACGGCGGUCACCAAGUAUUUCUACGAGCAGCGUGUACCCAUCUCCUGCUGGUAUGCUCCGCUGGGAGUGGCUGCUCUGCUGUCUCUGGGAUUGCUGGUCAAGCGAUUCAGUUGCGCCUACAAGUACAAAUACCGAUUGAACUCCCAAAGUCCGAUCUUCGCCAACAUCGAAACUAUUCACACGUAUCAGGGAAGCCGUCUGCUGCUCAGCGGGAUGUGGGGAUGGGUGCGGCAGCCCAACUAUCUUGGCGACAUCGUGGCCCUGCUGGCCCUUGCUGCUCCCAUGGCCCUGCGUCCGGCCUGGCCACCAGUUCUGGGCCUCAGUCUGAUCAUCCUGCUCCUGCUCCAUCGCGCCACCCGAGCCAACGCCCGGAAUCAGGCGCGCUAUCACUCCUCCUGGCAGCGCUACAGCACCCAGGUGCGCAGCUACAUCCUGCCCAGGGUGUACUAAGCACGAAGUUGACUUUUUAUUUUAUGUGGCCAUUCUUAUUUUUAUUUGGUUUUCAGUUUGUUUUUAUUUUAUGUUUCGAAUUUGUAUAUAUAAUACGUAUUCAUAUUGCUCAGCCCAUUACUUUUAGUACCAAAAUUUGAUUUUACACUCGCCGACACACACAUUAAACAAAAUUUAUUUUCACACACAUAAUUAUAGUUAAAAACCAUCUAGCUGUACGAACUUAUGCGCUUAAGAUCUAGACAUCUUAUAUAAUCAAUACUUGUAAUCUAUGUGGUAUGCAUAUAGAUAGUACUUUUUACAUUUAAAUAUGAAAUAAAAAAACUCUAGUUUCUAUGCUAUGAAGAAACGCA